AAAAGAAAAAGAGAAGAAAAUCAAACCAAUUAAUGGAGCAAUAAACAACAAAAAUUUGCUGGACAAGAACGGCGGCAGUGUAAAAGCAGAAAAUUUUUCUGUCCCAACGACGCAAAUGGAUGUGUCCAUACCUGAUUUGGAGGACGAGGCAGAUGAUCUCUUCCAUUCAGCACCCAAUACACCGACUAGAACACCGCAAACCACACCCGAAAGUGCAAGAAAAUUAUUUUUGGACUGGGAGUGUGAAGAAUAUCCAUUGCAUAAAUGCGUAUUUUUGGAUGAUUACAAAAUGUUGGCUUAUCUAUUGCAAAAACCCCUGGGUAAAUCUCUGGAUGUUGAGCUUUCCCGUCGCGAUAAACAUGGUAACUCGCCUCUGCAUUUGGCAGUCACGUUAGGUCGUAAAGAAUGUACGCAUCUACUAUUAACUCAUAAUGCUCCAGUUAAGCAAAAGAACAGUGAAGGUUGGUCUUGCCUGGCAGAAGCUAUAUCGUACGGUGAUCGACAGAUAAUAGGGGCGAUGUUGAGAAAAUUAAGGCAGCAAUCACGGCAACAUUUGGAAUCGCAAAGAGCGAAUAUGAUACGCGGCUUACAACAGAUGCAAGAUUUUUACAUGGAGCUUAAAUGGGAUUUCGCGUCCUGGGUGCCAUUGGUCUCGCGCAUGCUGCCUUCAGAUAUAUGCCGUAUACACAAAUCAGGAAGUUCUCUGCGGCUGGAUACUACCCUGGUGGAUUUUAAUGAUAUGCGUUGGGAACGGGGUGAUAUAUCAUUCAUUUUUCGGGGGGAUCGCCCGAUGAAUCAUUCAUUAACCGUUCUAGAUAAUGAAUAUGAAUGCUAUCAACGAAUACACUAUGAAGAAGCAGAUAUAGAGGACGAAAUUGAUACUUUAAUGUCCACGGAUAUUUUAGCUGCUAAUAUGUCAACUAAAAGCAUACAUUUUAGACGAGCGCAAACAGGCUGGAUAUUUAAAGAAGAUCGGAAAGAAUUGGUGGGCGGACAAUAUCACUGUGAGUUGUAUGCUAUUCAUGGCUUAAUCCUCAAACAACGUAAGCGACGUGAACAUCUUUCUCAAGAUGAUCUGCAGAAAAAUAAAGCAAUGGUGGACACUCUAACAAAAGGACGUCGCUCGAGUUUAACCAACUGCAGCAACAAUUCGGCCGAUGCAGGGUCCACUAGUGCCACGGUGACUAUUCCGCGACGUUGCUCACUACAGCCGCCACCAGCCCCUGCCAUCUCAUGGGAAGAAUAUAUUAAUGCAGAAGUCGGUAAAUGUCCGCAACUUGGACGCCCCCCCAUCCACAAGCAGUCCAAUAAGUCGUUACGUGCCACUGUAGCUAUGAGCAAAGAUUUUCCUCUUAAUGUGGACAUGUUGCUUAACAUAUUGGAAGUUAUAGCUCCUUUUAAACAUAUUAAUAAAUUGCGUGAAUUUGUUGCUCUUAAACUGCCUGCCGGUUUUCCUGUUAAGGUGGAGAUACCCGUCCUACAUACCGUUACUGCUAAGAUAACAUUCCAAAAGUUUGAAUUUCGUGACAAUAUCUCAUCAGAGCUUUUCGAAAUACCUGAACAUUACAUAGAAGAUGCUAGACGUUUUCCCGAUUUAUGACCAAGUGGACAACAAGAAGUCGAGGAUGUAAAUCGUAAUAGUAACGCCUUGAAUGGCGUUAACAUUAACAAGCAUAGAGAUAAAAAUCUCAGAGGAACAGAAAUGACAAGAGCGGCUGAAUUCGAAUGAAUUGCGGCAAGUAAUGAAUGAAUGAAGGCAGUCGAUAUGUGAAAGAGUAGCAUCUAUAUGUGCCUACAUAUAGAACUUUUAUAAAGAUCAAGAGCAACUUCAAGUAUCAAUUAAGCACACAAUGAAGAAUUUUUUUAUUUUAUGUUGAAUCAAGCAGACAAAUUGAGGCGGAUGUAAAAAUUUAGUGCAUAUAAAAUUCCGACGUAGGCAGGAAAGUGAAAAGUAAAGAUUUAGGUCAACAAAUUGUUUACGUUUAUUUAUCUAAUUUGUUACAAUUUUGCAUGAACAAUGUACAAAAUGGUUCUAAAGCUGAUCUUGUGACUCACCGAUAACAGAAUAGAAAAUAAUAUUAUUUCAUUCAUCAUUUUCUCGUUGAUUACUUUAUAUUUGCUUUUCCACUUCCUUAUGUUUUCUUUAUUUUCAGCAUUUCCCGUUGUAAACUAAAAACAAUGAAACCGUUAGAUGCUAAUAAAGCAGGAAAUAGGUGACAGUAUCGUAUUUUUCGGACAAUAAGAUGCACCUUUUUUACAUAAAAAAGUGGAGUAAAAUUUUGUGUGCGUUUUCUGGUCCGAAGGUAAGAUUAGAAUAUGUUUUCAAUAAAUCGUCUCUAAACUUGAGGUACAUUUUAUGGUCACGAUGAAAAUAAUACGAACACUUUCGUUAAGGAGAUGUGUGAGUGAUAAUAACGAGAGUGCAGAUAUACUGAAUAUUGCUACAGCAAUUUUGAUUCGAAAGUAAAAUUUAUUUUCCUAAAAGUCAUCUUAUAAAUUUGAAGUCGGAAAAAUACGACCGACAUCGCACUACGAAUUUGAAACUGGUAAAUAGAUGAGCAAAUCCGAAGCGAAAUUGACAUGUAAUCUUUCUGUGGCAUUUGAGUUUGUGGCCCGAUACGAAAUCCACCCAUUUACCAAAUGGAAAUGAAAAAUUUGAUUAUGUCGAGGAUGAAUUUUCAAGAAGAGACAGACAUAUGAAAAAUAAAUUCACCUCAUAUAUCAUGGCCGUCUGAAGAGGCCUGUCCAUUCCGAUUUAUAUAUGUCAAAUUUUCAAUUCCAUAAAAGCAGUUUUAUUUAGUGUGUCAGUUCUUUCUGCAAUUCUUUGAAACUAUUUACAGUUUCUAGCGGAAUAUAAAUUUCAGUUUUAUGAAUAUAAAUUUAUUCAGUUUUCUAGCUUGAUCCCAUGACUGAAUAUAUUUCUAAAAUUUUUGAAAUUUUUGUGAAGAUUUCAUAUCCGGACACAUUUAUACUACUUCAAUACCGUAAGCUUAGUUUUUGGAAAUAUUCGAUGAAAUGAAAAUGUAGAAAAUAUGAGAAUUUUGACUGCUUUUUAAGCGCUUCGGAAAUGAAGCGGAUCUCCUAACUUAGGGAAUUUUUCAAUUUUGUUCUUAAUCGCAAUCAUAAUAAUAAAAAUUUUAAGAUAAAAUAAGAACUUAAAUGUAAUCAGAAAAUUACCAUCAUAUGUACACAUAUUUUGUUUUGUUAUGCAUUCAAGGUCUAUAAAAUCAUAUUUAAGCAUAAGAUAGCAGCACAUUAUCGUUAAUAAUCAUCAUGUAUUGUAUUAUAAACGCUCACACAAGUACUAUACUAUAAAGAUGUAAAGUUAGAUAAAUAAUUUUAGCCAAGUAAGUGUCAUCGUUGCUUUGUUAUUUAGUAUGAAAGUUUAAUGUGUGAACUUAUUAUUAUUAUCCUUGUUUUUGUUUUUAUAUAAUCAUCAUCAAUUAUGCGAAAUAUUUUUGCUUGAAUUUU